UCAGACCAUGGCGCGGAAGAAGGUGCGGCCGCGCCUCAUCGCUGAGCUGGCCCGUCGCGUGCGGGCCCUACGAGAGCAGCGGAACCGACCGCGCGACUCGCAGCGCUACGCCCUGGACUACGAGACGCUGACGCGGCCGUACUCGGGCCGCCGCCUGCCGGUCCGCGCCUGGGCCGAUGUGCGCCGGGAGAGCAGCCUCCUGCAGCUGCUCAGCCGCCUGCCGCUCUUCGGCCUGGGCCGCCUGGUCACGCGCAAGUCCUGGCUGUGGCAGCACGACGAGCCGUGCUACUGGCGCCUGACGCGUGUGCGGCCCGACUACACGGCGCAGAACCUAGAGCACGGGAAGGCCUGGGGCGUGCUGACCUUCAAAGGACGGACGGAGAGCGAGGCCCGGGAGAUCGGGCAGGUCAUGUACCACGACUGGCGGCUGGUGCCCAAGCACGAGGAGGCGGCCUUCACCGCGUUCACGCCCGCGCCGCCCGAGGACGCUCCGCGCUGCGUGCCCUACCCGCCGCUCCUCCGGGCCAUGAUUCUAGCAGAGCGGCAGAAAAAGGGGGACUCCAGCACCGAGGAGCCCAUGCUGAAUCUGGAGCGGACCCGAGUGGAUCCCUGGGACUACCCUGUGAGACAGGAGGCGAAGAAAAAGGCUAAGGCCACGCCAGUCUAAGUGCCAGCACUGGAUGGCCGCGGGACAGGUGUCAGGCCCUGGGCCCCGGUUUGUGAAUGAAGACGCCUUUGGGCUGCAGCUGGGACAGCACCCCCGGGAGCGUGGAGCCAGACCCUGCCCCUCGCGCCUUUGUGCGAGAGGGCCGCUGGGGGGAAGCGGGGGUAGGCGGGGCUGGCAGCGCGGAGCCCCAGCGCCCGCGCCGGUCGCUUCCCCCCACUACGUGCGGCCCCUGCCGGACUCAGCCGGGAACCGUUUGCGCGCGAAUAAAGGCAGAAC